GUUCAAAACUAAUGUUUUAAUGUAUUCAUACCUAUAAUUUUUAGUCUCUAAAAAUGACAAAAAAUAUCCAAUAACCAAUUACGGGAUUACUGAAAGACUGAGUCAACUUUUCACUCUCAAUAGAGAAUGUGUUUUUAUUUCACUUCAAAAGUGUAAAGGGAAAAUAUUGUGGCUGAACAGAAAACUCCAGGGAUGUCCACAUAUCACAGAAUGUCCUAUACUGAUGUCCAACUGUGAGCCCACUGUAAAGAACAGGAGCAAACAGUCUGACAAGGGUUGCAUUCCACCGCUGCAGUUUUCCCGCAUCCAACUAUGUGUUAAAGAGGUUGUCUUGGUGGUAUACAAUGCUAUAUAUAUAUUUUGACCUUUUGCCUUAAGGAUUGGGUUUUUCUCCACUUUUUUCUGGUGCAGCCCUUCUCUUUUUACUCCUGCAGAUGAAAUUCCUGAGAGUCCUGUGAUGUGACAGUGAUGUAAGACACCCAUCUCUGCACUCUGGAAGAGCCUGAUCAGCUGUACUAUCGUGCGCCGCCUCUCCUGGCUUCCACUCAGCUGUGCUUUUACACGUGCCUGCGCAGAAGAACCAACAAAAACACAGACUCUGCAGUGCAUGUGAAUGUCAUCUGUCAGCACCCUGCGGGAAGACAUUGUGUGUUUCUUUUUAGCAAUCUGUUGUUUAACCAGAUAACAUGUCAUGUCUUGGAAUAAUAAGAAGGUUUUUUUUAAGAAUUGUCUGCGAAGUUUGUUAUCAAUAUUCAUAGAAACAAAUCUGUAGAUUAUCAGGGGGUGACCUAGUUCUUAUGGGACAGUUUCUGCUAGCCUGGGUGAAUGGAAAUAUCCUGGGAGCUCAUUUCUAUAAGACUCAGUAUACCCCUUUAAUCCUGCUGCACCUUACCUCCUGACUGAAACUGGAAUUACUGCAACAACUGCACUUUCACUCUUUGUCGUUCUGCUGAUCACAGAGGAAGAAAGUGAGAGCUGCGCAGCUAUUUGCAUGGCUCUCUCUGGUUCUUGCGUGAGUCCCUGAGGUCAAAGGGAGAACUGUAAGGGUUUAGCAUCAGUCAAUAUCCUUGCGAAAGCACGUGUGUGCGGCAGCAUGCAAAGCAAGCAAGCAGGCGGCAGUGCAGUGAGUGGGCAGCCAGCUCAGGCUAUGCAGUGAGGAAAGCAGCGAGUCUUUGAUCCGCUCGAACUUGUAAAUCUUUGACAUCUGAAAGAGAAGCUGAACGAUUCGAGCAGCUGAGAGAAACAGGGGGUGUCUAUGCUUUGGAAAGAGAGGAGGAGUGGGAGGACGGGAGAGGGGAACGGUGAGGAUUCAUGCUGUGUUAGCAUCCCCUCAGCAACUCCAUCAAUACUGCAUACAGCUGAGGAGCUGACAAAGGUCCCGCAUGCUGCAGUUUCAGGCUCGGACAGAGAGUGACUCCAACAACCGGACGGCUCAGAGGGGGGCUCCAGGAGAGGCAGAGCACACAUUCACAGGAGAUUCUGCCUCACCAGAGAGAACAGAAAAAGAAGGAACAAACUGUGUGGAAAUACUUCAACAAAGACAACUGAGAGAGAGGGACUUAAGCAAAUAUGCUACCAUGCUCUGGAGGGGAACCUGAGCACCCGGGAGCCUGACAGGAUCUGAGCGCACCUGCUCCACGCACACCGGUUAUGUGGUGUUGCUGACUUGUGCAAUGGCCAUCCUGGACCUGCAGGUUCUGAUUCCACUAGUUCUGUCUUACUGUUCCCUCCCCACCAAGCACCUGGGCCCCAGGCUCUGACCACGCCCCAGCCCCUUCCCCCUCCUUCCCUCCCUCACCCCUGGCAUCCCUCAUUCCUGGGCCCACCAUGGGAGGAUGCUUCUCCAAACCCAAAGCAGUUGAAGUUAAAGUGGAACUCUCACUACUGGAAAAAGAAAAAGAGGUGGACGGCUUGUCGCCAAACGGCAAAGCGAGUCCUUUUGCCGACUGUCGACCAAACGGGGCGCUGGGACACGGGUCCGAGGACGACUCGGGCCUUCUCCCACUCAACCUCAAAACACGGGACUAUGUGGAGGCCUCCGUUUGUCAUGUUAAAGAUCUGGAAAAUGGACAGAUGCGGGAGGUCGAUCUGGGAAGCGGCAGAGCUCUGCUGAUCAAAGAACAUGGGGAGUUCUUUGCUAUGGGCCACAAGUGUCCCCACUAUGGGGCACCUUUGGUCAAAGGUGUGCUGUCAAAAGGACACGUGCGAUGUCCCUGGCACGGCGCCUGUUUUAAUGUCACAACAGGAGACAUUGAGGAUUUUCCUGGUCUGGAUAGUCUCCCCGUCUUCCAGGUCAGAGUUGAGAAGGAGAAGGUCAUUAUUCGUGCUAACAAGCAGGCUCUUCAAUCACAGAAAAGAUCAAAACCAAUGGCAAGAUGUUCAUCUGUUAUUCACUCCAGCGCAGGUUUCAGCCAUGUUCUCAUCAUUGGCUCAGGACCGGCAGCUCUGGUGUGUGCAGAGACUCUGAGGCAGGAGGGCUUCACUGAUCGCAUUGUCAUGUGCACCAUGGACAGACAUCCUCCUUAUGACAGACCUAAACUGAGUAAGUCCUUAGAAAGCACAGCGGAACAGCUGAGGCUGCGCUCUGUGGACUUCCUGCAGGACCAUGACAUUGAAUUGCUCACAGAGAAAGAGGUUGCAGCAGUAGAUGUGAAGACUCGAACUGUGACCUUUGAGGACGGCUUAAAGAUGGAGUACAGGAAACUCUUUAUUGCUACAGGAAGCAAACCAAAACCGAUGAACUAUAAGGGCAAAGAGGUCAAGAACGUGUUCCACCUCCAGACGCCUGAAGAUGCAAACAGCAUAGCCAGGCUAGCCAACAACAAGAAUGCAGUGAUUGUAGGAACAUCAUUUGUUGGUAUGGAGGUGGCUGCAGCUCUGACUGACAAGGCCCACUCAGUGUCUGUCAUUGGCAUCGAGUCCCUGCCUUUUAAAAAAGCUCUUGGAGAAAAAGUCGGCAAAGUCAUAAUGAAGCUGUUUGAGGCCAACAGAGUGAAGUUCUACAUGCUGAACGAGGUGUCAGAGAUGAUUGGCCAUCAUGGACAGCUGAAAGAGGUUGUUUUGAAGAGUGGGAAAGUCCUCCGAGCAGAUGUGUGUGUCAUAGGAGCAGGUAGUGUUCCUGCGUCAGGCUUUUUGAAGCAGAGCGGCAUCCACCUGGACUCUAAGGGUUUUAUCACUGUAAACAAGAUGAUGCAGACAAACGUUGAAGGGGUCUUUGCUGGAGGUGAUGUGGUGACGUUUCCAUUCCCUCCGCGCAACAACAAGAAGGUGAACAUCCCUCACUGGCAGAUGGCUCAUGUGCACGGCAGGGUGGCAGCUCUCAGCAUGAUGGGUAGAGCCGCUGAGGCCAAAACCGUGCCUUACUUCUGGUCAGCCAUGUUUGGGAAGACCAUUCGCUAUGCAGGUUAUGGUGAUGGAUUUGAUGAUGUCAUUAUACAAGGGGACCUGGAUGAACUGCGAUUUGUAGCAUUUUAUACCAGGAGUGAGGAGGUGGUUGCUGUUGCCAGCAUGAACUACGAUCCCAUCGUAUCUAGAGUUGCAGAGGUACUUGGAUCUGGAAAGACCAUAAAAAAGCGAGAUGUGGAGAUGUUAGCACGACUCGGCAAGACUGGAGAUAUUUCUUGGUUGAUUGACAAAGGCUCCCAUUGACUUCACAUCUACAGCUUCAAAAGGACCCAGUGGACAACACGACAUGGACACCUAUGGUGCUGAGAUUCUGAGCAGCUAUUCUAUUCACACAGACACACGGAGGACACGUGGCUGUGUCUGUCGGGGGGCGGACCUUAACCUGAAACAUCUCAACUUGAACAUUUACAUGUUAUUGAUGUUUCACAGCAAUACUGGAAUCAGCCUCUGCGCUGUAAAAGAUGUAUCUACCUGUAUACUUUUGUUUAUAAGAAAGCCAAGGAAGGCCAUUGACAUUUUAUAUAAUGUAAAUAACUGUAAUCCUAAAUGGAAUGUAACAAAAUAAGAGCAUUUAGUUUCAACUGAAUACUAAGCUAUGUGUUUGCAAACAGAAUUACAUUUGCAUGGUAUAAUCGAACGUACCAUAAAAGAUCUCGAAGCAAAGUCCACAAAGUAGGGAAGUUUGAUAAUACAGCCACAAAAAAUACAUCAUUUGCAAGAAAAUCGCUUUGAAUGCAGCUUUAACUUUUGACUAAUUGCUCAAACUUCAACAUACUUCUUUAUUGGUUGCCUUCUUAGCAUGUUUCACUUCUGACAUGAAAUUAUAAGCUAAUUUUGGCACAAAAUGUUACCAUACCAAGCUAUAAAUAUUUUUUUUUUUUAUGAUUGGCACCUUCAUAGGGAAAUGUAUUGUUACUCAGGGAACUGAGGGCCCCCAGUUGUUACAAUUUCACUAGAUCUUCUAUUUUUUCUCUUUGAAAUGCUUGUAAAGUUUUAAGGCAUUCAACAGAUGUUUGAUUAUUUUCUGGAAGAUCUUUGUCGAAGUCUCGACACUGAAGCUCUACAGCAAAUGGAAAGGAUUGUUCUUCCUCCUGAAAAGCGUCACGAGGCAUUUUUGUAAUUAAACCAUGAAAUAAAAAGUCAUGCAAACACUAAA